CUAGACGCAGUGUACCGGAUAUCAACACAACCGGAAGUCACGAAGAAGAAGUAGUUCCUUCUUGUUAGCUUAGUUUAGGCGUGUUUACUAGAAUAAUAACAACGUUAAGAAGCGUUUAAAUCAUUACAAUAUAAUUAUUGUUAGUUAUCUUUACUGUUAGUCCAUUAAAAUACAUUUGCCUCAGGUUUGCAGCGAGGGCUUUCUUUCGAAAUGUUUUCCAGAUAACCUGGAGAGAUCUGCUGCCAUGUAGAGCUGCUCACUGGCUGCCUGUUCUCCGUGUUUACAUCCCGUGGCCGCUCCAAUGGGGAAAAGGAAAGACAUGAUCCACCCCAGGUUCCUCGGUGAAGGCAGCUCCAGCCUGCACAGCGUUCACAAGCGCAAACACAAAAAACACAAGAAGCACAAGAGGAAGCACCACAGCUUCCCCGAGGCGCCGGAGCCCGAGCCUGUCGUGGUCCCUCGGCCUCCUCCACAGCUCCGACUCAAGAUCAAACUGGGAGGGCAGACGCUGGGGACCAAGAGUGUUCCCACCUUCACCGUGCACCCUGGUGUGGCCUGUCCUCCCUCUCCUCUGAUGAUUAUUAACAAUGUUGAUAAUGGUGAUGACUCCGAUGACGAUGACUCAGAUGAUGAUGACGACGACGACGAUGAGCCCUCUGUGCCUUUGGAGCAGUAUCGGGCCUGGCUUGACGAAGACAGUAACCUGGCCACAUCCCCUAUGCCAGACAUAGACUCAGACUCCAUGAUUGGGGUGCCCGUGGACGAGGAGGAGAGGUGGCUGGAGGCUCUGGAGAAGGGAGAGCUCGACGACAACGGGGAGCUGAAGAAGGAGGUGGACGAGUCCCUGCUCACAGCCCGACAGAAAGCCCUGUUACACAAGCAGCAGAGCCAGCCUCUCCUGGAGCUGCCCAUGGGCUACAAGGAGAAGGAGAUGACUGCGGAGAUGAUGCAGAAGAGGGAGGAGCGAGCCCGGAAGAGACGCCUGCAGGCGGCCAAGAAGGCGGAGGACAGCAAGAACCAGACGAUCGAGAGGCUGACCAAAACCAGCAAGGCCAAGAUCAAGAGCAUGAGGGAGAGGAAAUCCAAGCUGAACCAGAGUCCCAUGGUGCGCUACAAAGACAACGCCCUGGGAGUGGCCAUCUCGUUCCCCACAGGGGUUCCUGCUCCGACACCGACUCCUCCCUCUGCUCCACCUGCUGCCCCCGUGAACUGCGGGGUCAAUGGCUGCACCAACCUCAAGAGGUACGCCUGCUCCAAGACCGGGGUUCCCCUCUGCAGCCUCGAGUGCUACAAGAGGAACAUGUUGCUCAUUCAGAGCGCAGCUUGAACUCUAAAGGACGAAUACUCUCCAGGUGUAGAUGUGCUACUACAUCUGGUUGAAGCUGCUCAGACAUUUUAUGGAGUUUACUGCACAGAUUCGCCUGGAAGGGAUCAAUUGAACAAAUCCUUUCAGGACUAGGAAUAUGGAUUCAUCAGUCUUUUUUUUGUUGUUGCCGUGUCAUCUUUAUAAUUAUGGUUUCCCUUGGUCCCACAAUUCAAUUAUGAACAUUAUGAAAUGCAGAAUUCUAAGAUAUGUUUUCCAAGUAUUAAACAAUACUGAUGAGAUGUAUAUUUGUUGUAUAUGUUUGGAGAAAGGACUGCAUUAUUUCCACUCCCUUUGUCAGUUGUGAGGAAUUAUGUUAUGGAGACGGACAAACAAUAAAAGAGAAUUGCUUCUUUAA